GCGCAGAGGGGCACAGCCCUCACUCGCCCUGCCUGGGCGGGAGCGGCUCCGCCCCUCGGGCGCCGGGAAGGCCGGGGACGGCGGGGCCCGGAAGGUGACUGGAAGGAGCCAAGCUCGGGUCAUGGCGGCGCCGGGCGCGUUGCUGGUGAUGGGCGUGAGCGGCUCGGGGAACUAAGGCCAAUCUCCAGACUCCAGGGUCAUGGGCAUCACUGCUUUAGGAUUACACCGUGAUUGGUGUUUAAAUUCCUGCUAGGGCAGCCGUCCCUUUCCCAGACAUCCUUGCACAAAAGGAAGCUCCACACAUUGGGCAGGGCAGUAAUGGGAACAUCUGUGUCCUCUCCACAGAUCCACCGUGGGCGCCCUGCUGGCAUCUGAGCUGGGAUGGAAAUUCUAUGAUGCUGAUGACUAUCACCCGGAGGAAAAUCGAAAGAAGAUGGGAAAAGGGAUACCGCUCAAUGACCAGGACCGGAUUCCAUGGCUCUGUAACUUGCAUGACAUUUUACUAAGAGAUGUAGCCUCGGGACAGCAUGUGGUUCUAGCCUGUUCAGCCCUGAAGAAAAUGUACAGAGAUAUAUUAACACAAGGAAAAGAUGGUGCAGCUCUGAAGUGCGAGGAGUCGGAAAAGGAAGCAGAGCGGGCUGAGAUGCAGCUCCUGGUGGUCCAUCUGAGUGGGUCGUUUGAGGUCAUCUCUGGACGCUUACUCAAAAGAAAGGGACAUUUUAUGCCCCCUGAAUUACUGCAGUCCCAGUUCGAGACUCUAGAGCCCCCAGCAGCUCCAGAAAACUUUAUCCAAAUAAGUGUGGACAAAAAUGUUUCAGAGAUAAUUGCUAAAAUUAUGGAAACUCUAAAAAUGAAGUGAGAAUCAUUUUGUAUCAGUGGUCCACACAAAAUUAAGCAUAAAUAUUUGUGCCAUCCCAAACCUCGUUCCAGCCACCUUGCCCAUGCUAGAUUCUAAAUUUUUCUAAAGGCAAACAAACCCCAAUGUAUCAAGACAGACUCGUUUGGGUGUAAUUUUAGGGAUUAUGCUGGUUCAUCGGGAAGCAGAAGGGGAGUUUUAAAAGUCAAGCUUAAAUUGAAGUUUAAAUUCAUCACAUGAUCAGAGGAAAUUCUGUAAUCGAUGCUGGAAAUUGUUACAUUGUUUAGAACAUUCUUGCUCAUGCCCGUAUGUGCACAAAUAAAUGAAACUUGGCUGUCCUUG